GCCCAGGGCCACGGCAGAGGGCUCUGCGCGAGCGGAAGAGCCUGGCGCACGCGCAGAGAAAAGCCAGACCCGCUGAGCUCCGCAGACACUUUACCCCGCCUGGCUUGUCUUCCAGCCCUCUGGGGACCGCACCACCCCGUCACCCCGCCGGGUUUCCCCCGCCCUCUCCGCGCCUGUGCGGGUCACGACUGCGCGCGCAGGGCCUGAGCGGGCGCCGGCGGGAAGGGGAAGCGGCGGGGUAAGAGAAGACUAUGGGCAAUAGUUCUUUUAAUUAAUCUGUGAUCAUCAUGGCCAAUGAAGGCCAUUCCAAGGCUGGUGAUAAUCCAUUUGCUUCAGAUAAACAUGCUCAACUCAUCUUGGCCCAGAUCAAUAAAAUGAGAAAUGGACAGCAUUUUUGCGACGUGCAAUUGCAAGUUGGGAAGGAGACUUUUAAUGUUCAUCGACUAAUUUUGGCUGCUAGUAGUCCAUAUUUUGCAGCUUUGUUCACUGGAGGAAUGAGAGAGUCCUCAAAAGAUGUGGUACAGAUUCUAGGAAUUGAAGCUGGAAUCUUUCAACUACUUUUAGAUUUCAUUUACACAGGUAUAGUGAACAUAGGUGUGAACAAUGUUCAGGAGUUGAUUGUUGCAGCGGACAUGCUACAGUUGACUGAAGUUGUUAAUCUUUGCUGUGAAUUUCUCAAAGGACAAAUUGAUCCAUUGAACUGCAUUGGGAUCUUUCAGUUCUCUGAGCAAAUUGCCUGCCAUGAUCUUUUGGAAUUCACAGAAAACUACAUCCAUGUCCAUUUCUUGGAGGUUCAUAAUGGGGAAGAGUUCCUGGCACUUACAAAAGAUCAGCUAAUCAAAAUUUUACGAAGUGAAGAGCUUAGCAUUGAGGAUGAAUACCAGGUCUUCUUAGCUGCAAUGCAAUGGAUUCUGAAAGAUCUGGGAAAGAGAAGAAAACAUGUGGUGGAAGUGCUGGACCCAAUUAGAUUCCCUUUAUUACCUCCUCAGAGACUUUUAAAGUAUAUAGAAGGAGUAUCUGAUUUUAAUCUUCGUGUUGCACUGCAAACACUUUUGAAAGAGUAUUGUGAGGUGUGCAAAUCUCCCAAAGAGAACAAGUUUUGUAGUUUUCUGCAAACAUCUAAGAUCCGACCUCGGAAGAAAGCAAGAAAGUACCUGUAUGCAGUAGGUGGAUAUACACGGUUGCAGGGGGGACGCUGGAGUGAUAGCAGAGCCCUCAGCUGUGUAGAACGUUUCGAUACCUUUAGCCAGUACUGGACAACUGUGUCUUCACUUCAUCAGGCUCGAUGUGGACUAGGAGUAGCUGUUCUGGGAGGGAUGGUCUAUGCUAUUGGAGGUGAAAAGGAUUCGAUGAUUUUUGACUGUACUGAAUGCUAUGAUCCAGUUACUAAACAGUGGACAACUGUAGCUUCAAUGAAUCACCCUCGCUGUGGCUUGGGAGUGUGCGUGUGUUAUGGGGCUAUCUAUGCUUUAGGUGGAUGGGUUGGAGCUGAGAUAGGGAACACCAUUGAACGAUUUGAUCCUGACGAAAAUAAAUGGGAAGUAGUUGGCAACAUGGCUGUGUCACGCUACUACUUUGGAUGCUGUGAAAUGCAAGGUUUAAUUUAUGUAAUUGGGGGAAUCAGCAAUGAAGGAAUAGAGCUUCGUUCUUUUGAAGUUUAUGAUCCACUUUCUAAGCGUUGGUCUCCACUUCCUCCGAUGGGAACCAGGAGAGCAUAUCUUGGGGUGGCUGCCCUCAAUGACUGCAUCUAUUCUGUUGGAGGGUGGAAUGAGACACAAGAUGCUCUUCAUACUGUAGAAAAAUAUUCCUUUGAAGAGGAAAAGUGGGUUGAAGUUGCCUCAAUGAAAGUGCCUAGAGCAGGCAUGUGUGUUGUGGCAGUCAAUGGUCUUCUGUACGUUUCUGGAGGUCGCUCUUCUAGUCAUGAUUUCUUGGCCCCAGGUACCUUGGACUCAGUUGAAGUUUAUAACCCUCAUUCAGAUACCUGGACAGAAAUUGGUAACAUGAUCACUAGUCGUUGUGAAGGGGGUAUUGCUGUACUAUGAAGCAUAAGGCAUAAGAGCACAAGGAACAUUUUGAAACUGUAUGAUCUAACCUUUUACAAAUCAAACAUAUAUUUGGUUAUAGGACCUUUCAUUCUAAUGAGUUUAACAUGUAUUGGGUAGAUAAGUGACUGAAGAGUAAUUUUCCUAAAAAUGUGAAUGAGAAAGGAUAUGGAAUAUAUCCUAAAUUAAUAAAGAACUCACACAAAAUUGCCAGACUUACCAACAAUAGAAUUGCUGUUUAUGCUCUGAAAUUGUCCAAUUAAAAAGUGUCCUAAGACUCGGGUUGUAACUCAGUGGUAGAGCACUUACCUGGCACAUGUGAAACACUGGGUUCAAUCCUCAGCACCACAUAAAAAUAAAUAAACUAAAUAAAGGUACUGUAUCCAUCUACAAAUUUUUUUUAAAAAGUGUCCUAAUUGUAAGAAUUGUUUGCUAGAAGCUUCUGAAAAAUGGCCCUAUUGGCUGUUUUUCCAGUGCAAUUCAAAUUGUAACAUAACCUGUACAUUAUGUAGGAAUAAGAUCCAUGAGACAGUUUAAAGAUUUGAUUCAAUGCAGAGCAUGGUUUUCCAUGGCCAUAGUUUAACCUGCAGAGAAAAGCUUGUGAAACAAGUUCCUACUUUUAUUUGAUGGCAGUUUUCAUUAGCCCCAAACAUUUUAUUGGCAGCAGGUAUAGUAGGAAGGUGUGCAGCUAUUAAAUAGGUAAAUUUUUGCUUGUUGAUAGCCUAAGAAAAGCUUUUACCUCCUCAUUUUUUGUCUUGAGUCUGAGAAUGCAAGUAGGGAAUUAAUAGGAGGUCCUUAGUGACAGUCUUUGAUUGAAAUAGAUGUUAUAAUGGGUGAUGGAGCACAGCAAGGCAUAUUUCACAUCUAGACAUUUCUUCCUUAAUUUCUAGAUAGUCACCAAAAUUAACUGCUUGACUUUAGGAAGAGGGACUUUUAUUAGAUUAUCAAGCUUUGUGAAAUUUAUUUGUACUUAGACAAGCCUAAGUAUGAGUUUACUACCAAGUUAUUGCCUGGAGAAGGCUGAAUUAUAGGUAUACCUUGAGCAUUCCUAAUCUGAAAUCUUUAGUCAGAAACUUUUGAGAUGCUGACAUAAUGCUCCAAAUGUUUUGGAUUUUGGAGCAUUUUUAAUUUCAGAUUUUCAGGAUAGGGAUGUUCAACUAGUAGAAUCUAUGUAAAUAUUCCAAAAUCUGAAACACUUUUGGUCCCCAGCAUUUCAGAUAAGGAAUACUCAACCUUGUACUUGUGAAAGUUUUUAUAGAUAAUGACUCAUAAGCUGAAACACCCUUCUCCUCCAAAAUUUGUUCUCAAAAUUUCUUCCUUUCCCUUGAGAAGCAUUCUAAAGAAGUGUUUUAUUUUCAUUUCUGAAGAUUUAUCGUGUUUAUGGAUAAUCACUUUUAUUCCUACUAGCCAUAUGUAUUAGAAGUUCUGUAUACAUUAAGGUUAAUUCAAGGAUUUGAUUUCCUAUUUCUUUACUAAGGUCUUCCAUAUAUUGUUAGAAGCAUCGAAAGCUUAAUUAGACAGAAAACCUUUGAUCAGCAUUAGACUCUGAUAGCAUUAAUUUCUAAAUAUAUUGGUUUGGCCCACAAGGAUAUUUUCUUUUAUAACUUAAAUUCUUGUAUUAGGAAAAGCUUAUGUAGAGAGAAGCCUGUGUCCCCUUCUGUUAGGUAUCCUGGGAGUCUGAAGGGUCACAGAUGCCUGGCUGGAAUCUGUAAGAUAUCAAAGAAUAAGUAUCAAGAUGAUCUGUAGACUACAUAAGCCCUAACUCGCAUGCCUUUAAUAUUUCUAGUUAUAGAAAAUCUACCUUCUGGUUCAAAGCAGAUUUACAAAAUACUCCUACAGUUUCAUUCUCAUUAUUGCCUACUACCUACCUAAAAUGGCACUAUGAAGAGAGAUGUUUUACACUGCUAUGGCAGAAAUGUAAUAUCAAAACAAUUCAUGUUUGGCUUUAACAGGUCCGGAAGAUCACUGAAAAUAGUUAUGUGUAAAACAUGCUUAUUGUUUCCCAGAUAAUGACAGAUUUUUUUUUUAAAUGUACUAAUAAAGUAUCUAGCUUUUUUCUU